UACCCGUCCACACCAACCCACCUUUUGCUCUUUCUUUCUCUCUCUAAAUCAGCGCACAGUAAAUUUAGCCCAAUUUUUUCCCACCCUCUAAAUUCGCCUUUCUUUGAUUCUCUCUUCUCUUGUCGUCCAUCGAUCCGACUGGUGAGGUUUAUUUUUGUAGGGAUCGGAGGUGGAUUAGGGAAAUUGGGGGUGAUUAAUUGAGGAAUUUUGAGGUGAAUUAUAAUUACAAGGAUUCGAAGAUGUUUUUGUUGGAUUGGUUCUACGGAAUAUUGGCCUCGCUAGGACUGUGGCAAAAGGAGGCUAAGAUCUUGUUUCUGGGCCUCGAUAAUGCCGGCAAAACCACCUUGCUUCAUAUGUUGAAAGAUGAGAGAUUGGUUCAACAUCAGCCAACGCAGUACCCGACGUCUGAGGAGCUGAGUAUUGGCCAAAUUAAGUUUAAGGCUUUUGACUUGGGAGGCCAUCAGAUCGCUCGCAGAGUCUGGAAAGAUUAUUAUGCCAAGGUGGAUGCAGUUGUUUAUCUCGUGGAUGCUUAUGACAAAGAAAGGUUUGCAGAAUCAAAGAAAGAGCUGGAUGCUCUUCUCUCUGAUGAGUCCUUGGCAAAUGUCCCUUUCCUUAUUCUGGGGAACAAGAUAGACAUUCCUUAUGCAGCUUCUGAGGACGAGCUGCGUUACCACAUGGGCCUGACAGGCAUCACUACUGGAAAGGGCAAGGUAAACUUGGCAGACUCAAAUGUCCGUCCCCUUGAGGUCUUCAUGUGCAGCAUUGUGCGCAAAAUGGGUUAUGGAGAAGGCUUCAAAUGGAUGUCUCAAUAUAUAAAGUAGUGGGCUUUAGUGGGGGGGUGAGAAAGAGAGCUGUUUUUUCUUUUAAAAUGUAACUCCUGCCAAAAUGGAGUAGAACAUGUGUGUCUGGAAGUACUACUGGAUAUUCUCAGUUUUUGGUGAAAUGACAUACAGACGUAACUACGUCAUUUAGUAUUACUAUCAAUGAUUGAUGCUUUGUCUAUCAGAUUUGGAGAGAAGAAUGCUGCAUUGUUUUUGCCUCUUGUAUUUGUUAUUGUUCUCGAGGAUUUUGUUAGCUUUCCCAAAAAACGGUGGAGGAUUCCUGCUUUUUCAGCUGCAAAGUCAACUGUCUGUGUCUACAUAUUUGCAGCUUGUCUGGUAAUAUCUGGCCAACGGUACAUGUUCCAACCAGUGCGUGGAUGAAACACGGCUAGGUGAUGUAUGUCAGAAAUGCUGAGAAUUGCUUACCGACAGUGUAUCAUUUUUGUCAUCUGGCUUACAGGAGUCAAGUGCCCUCCUGCUGUGAUUUGAGAUGGGCACUCUACAUCCUUCCCUCCAAGACCACUUGUGAAGAAGCAUGGCUGCACUGGAUUUCAUUUUUUGCUGAGUCAUAGUGAAAUGAAGUGGCUGGAUUCCCGUUAAUAUUAAUGUGAAGAGACACGAAUUAAUCAAUCACCAAAUGUAUCAAUCUUUUCCUGCUUCAG